AUGGUCAGGACCAGGUCGAGGGCUACUAGCCCUGGCCGUCAGGGAAGCAGAGGCGCUUCAAGUGAUCCCCAGCGUGAUCGCCAAUCUGCACCAGUCAUGCAGACGUCAUCCGUUCAGAAUAUGCAAUCCAUGGCGGCUGCAAUGGCGGAAUUGACUCGCCAAAACCAGGAGUUAAGGAUGGAGAUCAGUCAGAGAAGACAGACACGUGAGGAACACGCAGGACAGACACAAGGCCAUGGUGACAAAGAGAAUACUGAGGUUGGAAGCCAGUUUAGAGGCACCACUUCACGGGUAGUGCCACACUUGAAAGAGGAGAUGGACCAAAUGAAGAAAGUCAUGGAGGAGAUGAAGGAGAACAUGAGGAGAACUAAUCCUAUAGAGGAUUUGGUCCACAGAACAGAUUCUCCUUUUACGGCUUCCAUCAAUGGCCACCCCUUACCAUCAAAGUUCAAACUGCCUUCCCUGGACUCGUAUGAUGGGACGCGUGACCCCUUUGAUCACAUUGCAACAUUCAAGACGACAAUGCACCUCCAAGGGGUCCCUGAUGAAAUCAUGUGUCGAGCCUUCCCUACUACCCUUAAAGGCCCGGCACGAGUUUGGUUCAGUAAAAUCCCCCCAAGUUCCGUAAGUUCUUUCGAAGAGUUAAGCAAAUUGUUUGUUAACAAUUUCAUCGGGGGACAGAGGCACAAGCGCUCUUCGUCCAGCUUACUGACCAUAGAACAAGGGGAGAACGAAAGCCUGCGGUCAUUCAUCACUCGCUUCAACAGAGAAGCCCUUAGUGUGGACGAGGUGGACGACAAGCUUCUACUAGCAGCCUUCCACAACGGGAUUAAUUCGGAUUUAUUUAUCCACAAGCUAUACGAGAAGGAGCCUCAAACCAUGGCCGAGCUCGUGCUCAUGCAAAUCAAAGACGAUCCUUCUUUAAAAUGGCCAGAGAAGAUGAAAGGGGAUCCCAACAAGCGCAAUAAGAACAAAUAUUGUCGCUUUCACAGGGACCAUGGGCAUGACACGGAUGAAUGUUAUGACCUAAAACAGCAAAUUGAGAACCUCAUCAGGCAAGGAAAGUUGAAGCACUUCGUUGGAAGGGAUCGUACAGAUGAGAAGCUGAAAGGCAAAAUGGAGGAAUCAUCCCGGCCCCCACUUGGAGAGAUAAGGAUUAUCGUUGGAGGGAACCCGAUGGGGCAAUCUUUCAAGUCGAAGAAGACGUAUCUCAAAGCGGUACAAAAUGUCCAGCUCUCUGGACGACCACCAAGGACGAGAUUAAUGGACGAGCCAACCAUUUCCUUCACCGAUGAAGAUGCUGAGAGGAUCCAUCACCCGCACGACGAUGCGAUCGUCAUUACACUGCUCAUUGCAGAUUAUACAACCAGAAGAGUAUUAGUUGACAAUGGAAGUUCAGCAGACAUAUUGUACUACCCCGCCUUCCAACAGAUGAGGCUUGGACGAGAUCAACUUCGUCCAGUAUGCUCGCCGCUGAUAGGAUUUGGAGGAAUGAAGGUGCAGCCCGUGGGUACCAUUACAUUACCAGUGGUGGUAGGGUCAUACCCGCAACAGAUAACCAAGGAAGUCAAUUUCCUCGUGGUAGACUGUACUUCUUCAUACAAUGCCAUCAUUGGAAGACCCACUCUUAAUAGUUGGAAGGCGAUAACCUCGACCUACCAUCUAUCAGUCAAAUUCCCUACUGAGUACGGGAUAGGACAAGCACAAGGAGAUUAG